UCUAAGACGAUAUCAAAGAUUGUUGAACUUGGUGAUACCGUGACCACACUGAGGGAAUUCGUGGAGCUGGAAAAAGCACGAAAGAUGAAGAAGGAAUGUAAGCGCCAAGAACGUGAGGAUGCACGGCGGGAAAUUGAAGAAGCUAAGCGCAGGGAGGAGGAGCACAGACGUGAAGUUGAAGCAAGACAAGCAAAGAAGUUGGAGAGAACUAAGAAACGGGAAGAAGAACAGCUCGCGAUGACCAAGGCAUUGGAAGUUCAGAUGGCGAUCAGACUGAGCCAGAUACACGAUGAUAUCAAGAAUGAAGUCCGGAAAGCGAUAGCCAAAGGCAAGGAGAAGGUUGCGGAGGAAGUUCCGGAAACAUCGGGUGGUGGUGUUGGCGAACCAAGUGUGGAAGUAAUUACGGAUGAGACGGGGAAGCUAUCAAUUGCUGAAAAGAGGAAAAGAGGUGAAGAUGUGGCGGUGGGAGACAGUCCACCUGUUGCAACGCCUACAAAGUGAGCUAAUAGAAAGACAGUAAUGAGACCGUUGAGGCUUUCGAAGAGGUUACAAAGAACAAAAACUCGUGUGGGCAAGCGAACAGCUAGACCGAUGCCAGCAAGGUGUCUGACGGCUAACAAACCACUGAUUCGUGA